AUGGCUGUAGUUGAUGCUAACCUCAGUUUUAUUACUAUUGAUGUUGGAGCAUAUGGUAAAGAAUCAGAUUCCAGUGUAUUUAAACAAAGUAUAUUUGGUAAAAAACUGUAUGCUCAACAACUCAAUAUACCAAAACCAGCGUGUUUGCCUUACAUAGAGAAUUCCGCAAAACCGUAUGUGUUUUUAGCUGAUGAGGCUUUUAGGUUGCAUACAAAUUUGUUGAGACCCUACCCUGGACGAGGUUUAACUAAUGAACGGCGUGUAUUCAACUAUAGACUUUCAAGAGCACGAAGAACAGUAGAGUGUGCAUUUGGAGUACCUAUUAUCUAA